ACAGAGAUGGUACAGUCUAUCUAUACUGAGAAGGUCAAAUUACUGUGCUCGUCGCGCGCGUCCUGGGAAGCUGCGGCUCGUGCAGAGUUACCAGCGGCGGGUCGCGAGCGUUUUCUCGGCAAUGGAGUGAACCUGCAGUGUGCUCCCGGAAGCAAAGCCUUUCCUCCUGACUUUCCUGGACGACUCUACAGCGGAGAGACGAGACACCGGGAACAUGUUCAGCACCAAAAGACUAAAGAAGAAGUCCCAGUCAGUGGACGUGGCCUCUCAAGGCUUCUCCAGUUUCAUCCCGAGUCUGUCCAUAAACAGGUCCUCAUCACCGGUUGCCAAAACGACCACAAUCGAGGUGCAAGAAAACAACACAACAAAUUCCCAGAGGCGGGUUCCACGAUGCAGCGAGCUGAAGAGAGGCUACACCAUUGAUACCGGCCAGAAGAAGACGCCUGACAAGAAGGAUGGACGCCGUAUGUCCUUCCAGCGACCCAAGGGGACCAUCGAGUAUUCCGUGGAAUCGCGAGACACUCUUAACAGCAUAGCGCUGAAGUUCGACACCACCCCCAAUGAGCUGGUUCAACUCAACAAGCUGUUCUCCAGAGCCGUCGUCCCCGGACAGGUUCUGUACGUUCCUGAUCCAGAGUAUGUGUCAAGUGCGGGCAGCUCCCCAUCCCUCAGCCCCAUCAGCCCCCUGUCUCCCACUUCCUCCGAGGCCGAACUAGAAAAGGACUCCGAUGGAGGUCCUCGCUCAGAAAUCCCAUCCUCGGCUCCGCCAGCUUUCUCGGCUCUGCGCCACUCUCGCAUCGUCUCCUCCACCUCAGAGGAGGAGGAGGCACUUACCGAGAAGUUCCUCAAAAUCAACUGCAAGUACAUAACAGAUGGCAAGGGGGCUGUUAGCGGGGUGUUGCUGGUGACACCUAACAACAUCAUGUUUGACCCUCACCGGACAGACCCGCUGGUGCAGGAGCGCGGAUGUGAGGAAUACGGGAUCAUGUGCCCGCUGGAGGAGGUGCAAUCUGCAGCCGUGUAUCGAGAGAUCACAGACAGCAGGAUCCGCGACACUCUGCCCACGGACAUUGAUGCAUGGUUGUCAGGACCUGUUUAUCAUGCAGAACUGCGUCUGAGAGAGGCGUACGACAGUGGCAGCACAGCCCCACGCAGCACGGACGCCUCGCUCUCCGAGGACGUGUUCACCGAGCCUGAGCUCUCACCUAUUCGUGAGGAGCAGCCGUCCGCCCAGCAACUCCAGAGCGAGGACCAGUCGUCCUCUGAAUCUGUACAAACAGUCAGAGAUGAUCCAGACGAAGAGGCAAAGCCCAAGGACAAGGACGAGGAAAAGACUAAGGGAGAUACAGCCGAAGAAACUGUCAGUGUUUCAGAAGAGUCCAAAAGCCAGGAGCAGCUAAGCACAACAACCAGCAGGGACCAAGAAGAGCGCCAGCCACAACCCACACCCACCCUGAGUUCCACUGCCACAGAGGUCACAGACCAGGAACGUAACCCUGACGAGGUGAGAAUCACCAGAGAGGGCAAGCGGGACUCUGAAACGGAUGUGGAGGAGCUGCGGAAGAUGUGGAAGAGUCACACUAUGCAACAGGCCAAGGAGCAACGAGAAAAUGUACAGCACAACCAGAGAGAGACCGUGUCAGGCAAAGGCGGGCAGAGACAGGGUUCAGCAGAGGGUCUGGCUACAUCCAGGGAGAGGCGGCUAUCCAGGUCUCACAGGUUUCUGUGCCUGCGAGUCGGCAAGGCCAUGAAGAAGACGUUUGUGUCCAACGCCAGCGCCUCCAUGCAGCAGUACGCCCAGCGCGAUCGUAAACACGAGUACUGGUUCUCCGUGCCACAGGAGAGGUCAGAACAUCUUUACUUGUUUUUCAUCCAGUGGAGCCCGGAAACAUUUGGUGAAGGCAUGGGAAGUAUCAGCCGUGAGCCCGGGUUCAUGGUAGUCAAAAAAAUCGACGAGCCCGAAGCCGACAGCAGCCAGACGACAUCAGACUCCUCAUCCAAGGAGUGGGAGGUAGUGUCUCUGAGCGAACAUCACCUCCGGAUCGAUGCGCUAAACAGUGAAGAUCUGCGUGCCCUGUGCAAACGGCUCCAGAUCACCACAAAAGAAGAGCUGAACUCCAAACAUGGCACAUCCAUUACAGCCAGCCUGGAGCCGGAAACCUUUAAACCUAACCUGAGUGAACCUAGUGACCUCCUGGAGGCUGAACAGAUCGAGAAGCUGGCAAAAUAUCUCCCACCCAGAACCAUAGGCUAUCCAUGGACCCUGGCGUUCAGUACAUCUAAGCAUGGCAUGAGUAUUAAAACCCUGUACCGGAUCAUGCAGGGGCAGGACUCUCCCGUGCUCCUCGUCAUUAAAGACAGCGACGGGCAGGUGUUCGGGGCAUUAGCAUCAGAGCCCUUUAAAGUCAGCGACGGAUUCUAUGGCACAGGAGAAACCUUCCUCUUCUCCUUCUAUCCGCAGUUUGAGGUCUUUAAAUGGACAGGCGAUAACAUGUUCUUUAUCAAAGGAGACAUGGACUCCCUGGCAUUCGGUGGAGGAAGCGGUGAGUUUGGUUUGUGGUUGGACGGAGAUCUUUACCAUGGCAGGAGUCACUCGUGCAAAACCUUUGGGAAUCCCAUGCUCUCAGUGAAAGAGGACUUCUUCGUGCAGGACAUUGAGAUCUGGUCCUUCGAGUAGUCCACUCUCUCCAUGAGCAAGAGAGAGAGAGAGAGGGCGAGAGAGAGAAAGAUGGCUCCAGUCAGGGAAAGACAGACAACCAGAUGUCUCUGUGCUGGCCAGAGGUGUCCCAAACCUUAAUGUGCAUCACCUCAGCUCCCAGGAAGCCUGUUCUAACGAGGCAUAAUCUCUUGAUGCUUGCCACAUGAUAUUUGUGCAUUUAACACAGAUCACAGAUCUCCAACCAACCCCCAAACCCCCACCUCUCUUUCUCUCUCCUCAUGCUGUUGCCAUGUGCACUUUGUUCCCAGCUUCAGUGCAGGGUGUGUUUGGUUGAGCAGAAAAAGCUGAGACGCACCGUGACAAUCAUCAGUGAGCGUAUACACACACACACACGUACAUAUAUAUGUUUAUAUAUAUAUACAUAUAUAUACUGAUUACAGGAGGUCCGCUGGAGCGCUCCGAACAUCAGAUGGUGAUGCUGGCCUGGGUUUGGGACGGCACAGGUCCGAAACAGCAGGCUUUAUCCUGUGGGUAAUAAUCGGAUGAUGUUUAUGCGAUGGCUUCACAGGAGAUGGACAGAAAAGUGACGGACGUAACUACAAAACACAUUCCUGUGCCCUUCAAGACUCGACAAGGCUUCGACCUGGUUAUCAGGACCGCCCGAUUAAAGCGGCGUCCCUACAGAGAGCAAAUAAACUGCGAGAAUACACGCAGAGGGGAGGGGGGGGAUUUCUCCUGAAGUGAAUUAUUACAAGUGUUGUGAAUCCAUAGUCUUUUCUGUCAUUCACCAUCCUCGAUUCUUCAUCCUCGGUAAAGCACAUAGCCCUUAAUCUAUAAAGAAGUCCAUUGUCGUACCGUUCUGUUCAGUGGGUUUGUGUGUGAGUUCAGCUUCCUCCAUGUGUGGAGGGUCGUGUGUGUACUGUUCGUAGACAGUAAUGUGUCGCAAUAGAUUUUGUGGAAUAUGCAAAUUACUGUUCUUGUUAACCUCAAUAAUCCAGACGGGGGCUUUUUGGGGGGGAGUCUCUUCUUCCCGUCUCUGUUUCAAACUCGAUUUUAAAAGCUUUUACGUCUCAAAAGAAAAAAAAUGGCUUUUCAGGGAAUCACUUGAAAAGCUGGAGAUGUUUUUUUUUUUUCAAAAAUACAAUGAUAUAUUUAUGUACAUAAUUAUAUAACAAAUUCUAUAUAAAUAUAUAUAUAUGUAAUUAUAUAUUGCUGUUACGUGUGACAGUGAUUUUUUUGUGCUGAUAUCUCAGCUGUUACUGAUAUAAUGUACAGUAUAUUACACUGUAAAGUAAUGUUCAAAUAGUAGAUCUGUUCCUAUAUAUAUAUAUAUAUAUAUAAUUACUAGCGGAUAAAUCUAGAGUGUGGAUUGGUGGGUUGCUUCUAGCACUUUAAUCUAGUUUAAAGCCAGAUGCUUUCGGCUUUCUUUGCAGUAGCUGUACAGUGUUUAUCAUCUUUUGUCUUUCUUUUUUGUGUGUUUGUUUAGAAACUUACAGAUGUUUGCUGUUUUGAAGAGCUUUCUGCUACACUGUUGGGGAAAAUGUAGCUAAAAGCUCUCGAUCUAAUGUCCAGUGGGGGUUUAGAGUUCUCUCCUCACGAGUCUCGUCCCGAUGCUGUGUCUUCGUUGCUGUGUAGAUUCACUGUUCGCAGGCUGCGGGAGGAUGAGGAGGGUGAAGAAGUGCAGGUAAUCAUCCAAGCCCUCAUCACUUUUCCCACACCAGCAAGUUCUGUCCAUGUGGAGUCAAAGACGAGGUCCAGCGUGAACAAAAACGUUCCAGCUGAUUAGCUGGAUUAUGAUGUAAUAGUGAUGUAAAAAAAAAAAAAGUAUAAUAAAAAGUUCUUGUAAUCAAAA